AUGAUUCCUUCAAUAAUUCAGUUUUCCUCGGACGGUCAACAGGAUUGGAAUGUCGUACUGAAAGCCACGAGACCUGAAGACAAGCUCGUGAUUCCUCCUUCACGACCUCAAGAACCAUCCACACUACGAGAAGCAUGUGAUGACGACGGCGGCGGCGACAAGCCAGAUCUAGUAGAUGAUUCCAUCAGAGCUUCAUUGAGUGAAUGCGCCAUUGGAGACGAAGAUGACGAUGACGAGGAAUACUUGGAGGAAAGUGGAGACACGCCCGUGGCUGGCAACGAACAAAGCCUGAUGGUUCGAGAACCGGAACUAGCUUAUGUUACCCAGGAGCGUCCACCCAUGGAACCUCCGAUGCCUGAUCCUGAGGUACUCAAGCUCAUCCCUCAUAACGAAGAAGAUGAUAUCUUGACGCAGUUCCGAACUGCCGUGGCUGACCCCUCCUUGGAAGUUGCCACUGUCAGUUACUUUUUGGAACAGUGCCGCAGAGAUGUGCAGGCUGCCGCUGCCAUGUACUUGGAAGAAAGUCUUGACAUGUAG